AUGUCCAUGUCAGGGGGCACAGCUGUCCAGCUGUUCUCCAAGCUCCUGAAACAAGCUGUGGGCAAAGCACAGAUCCAACUCAACCGCUGGUUACAGAGGAGUGUCACUGAAGACUGUGACAAGAUCGACAUCCUGAUCUGCAGCGCCUUUGACGAGAGGGGUAGUGGCACUUUGGGCAAAUGUGAUGGAGACUCCAAUGUCCUCGGCGACAGUGGAGGGGCACCCCCCCCAGCAGAGUUCAGACACCCAUGUUGCAUUACCACUUGUUGCUUUAAGAGUGCCCUUCUGGCCUGCAUCCUGACACUGGUCUGCUUCUCCUCCGUGGCCCUGGUGCGGCAGUACCUCAAAGACCUACUCCUCUGGGUGGAGAGCUUGGACAGCCUCGUAGGAGCCAUGCUGUUCAUAGUGGGCCUCAUCAUUGUGUCAUUCCCCUUCGGAUGGGGCUACAUUGUCCUUAAUGUGGCUGCUGGCUACCUCUACGGCUUUGUGCUGGGCAUGGGGCUGGUGAUGGUGGGCGUGUUGAUUGGAACUUUUGUGGCACACCUGGUUUGUAAACGGCUGCUGUCAGACUGGGUCCUGAACAAAGUGGGGAACAGUGAACAGCUGAGUGCUGUCAUUCGAGUGGUGGAAGGAGGGAGCGGAUUAAAAGUUGUGGCCUUAGCAAGACUCACACCUAUCCCAUUUGGGCUCCAGAAUGCCGUUUUCUCAAUCACAGACGUGUCCUUGCCAAACUACCUGGUGGCCUCCUCCGUGGGGUUGUUGCCCACACAACUGCUGAACUCGUAUCUGGGCACGACGCUCCGCACCAUGGAGGACGUCAUCGCUGAGCAGAGCAUUAGUGGAUACUUUGUGUUCAGCUUUCAGAUCAUCAUUAGCAUCGGCCUCAUGUUCUACGUGGUGCACCGGGCCCAGGUGGAGCUGAACGCCGCCAUCGCCGCUUGUCAGAUGGAACUCAAGUCGUCGCACAUGAACGGCUCUUCUUCCAACCACAGCGGCUUCAGCUACUGCAGCAAGAGACCCCACGCUGGUGGGACAGGGAACUGCAUCAAUGUGGUGUGA